GGUGAUGCUCGUCUAGCGUUGGAAAAACAGGGGUACGCUUCAUUAGGCUACUCGAUAUUGGCCGGAAAUUAAAACGUGUUGAUGAAACGUCUUGGACGUUUGGUUCCAUACUGAAUUCGAAAGCAAAAUUGGGAUUCAGCAGCAAAGAAAAAGUUGGAGAAGUUUACAUUUAAGACGAUUACAAGAAGAGGAAGCAACUCGGAUUCAACAACAGCACAGGACUGACUGUUUUUUUUUUAUUUCAGUAUCCACUUCAGGAUGUUAGUUAUUAACUUCCUUCAUCAGAGUGUCUUCUUCUCUCCCCGUGUUCUAGAUUAAGGAAGGACGUAUUGUUAAUGUCUCUGUCUCUACCGUAGAGAGAGAGAGAGAGAGAGAGAGAGAGAGAGAGAGAGAGAGAGAGAGAGAGAGACUAAACCCAAAGGAGGAAGAAACAGUGAAGUCUUUUAUUACGCUCCGUCUUUCCCUCGUGUUGAACUGAAUCAUGCAGCAUCCCUUGGACUUGGGGGCUCACUAUUACCCCCCGGAGGUUCACCCCGACCACCGCUCCCACUCACACCGCUACCGGAGCUUUAUGAUCGAAGAGAUUCUCACCGAUCACCCGGACCACAAGGUGUCUACCCCGGCAGGGGAGCUGCUCAAGUUCGGAGUACAAGCUCUGCUCUCGGCUCGGCCAUACCACAACCACCUGGUUUUGAAGGCAGACCAAUCGGGUAUCUUGAAGUUCCCGAUGUCGCCACUCUCCUGCUCACUGGGAUCACCGUUAAGCUCCGCUCUCCUAUCCGGGGCUCCGGGACUCCACGGCGGCUCAGCUUCCCACCACCUCCCGUUGGACCUCCACCUCCGGAGCAAACUGGAGCACGGCGGAAACGGCAACGGCAAGACCAAGAAAGGCCGGCGGAGCAGGACGGUCUUCACCGAGCUACAGCUAAUGGGCUUGGAGAAAAGAUUUGAGAAACAGAAGUACCUUUCAACACCAGACAGAAUAGAUCUGGCUGAGUCUCUGGACCUGAGUCAACUACAAGUUAAAACCUGGUACCAGAACAGACGAAUGAAAUGGAAGAAAAUAGUCCUACAAGGAGGAGGAUUGGAGUCUCCGACCAAACCAAAAGGCCGUCCCAAGAAGAAUUCCAUCCCGUCGAGCGACCAGCUUUCGGAGCAGGAGAGGACUCGAGACGUCGACCGUCAGUCGGACGGUUCCACCUCGUCACAUUCAGACACUAACCAAGAGGAAUAAUAACGUUGGUGCUUCGACUAACUGACAACUCUCUGAAGACGUUCACCAGACGUUUCAUACGGCCUCUGGGAUGCGUAAUGGUGGUCGACGGUUGAAUCGAAGUGCCUUGCUCUUGACUUCGAUAUUUUUUUGGCACUUACAUAGAGAGACUGAUGAUGUUGGCCUCCCGUAGGAGAGGCGGAACUCUAUUUUUUAUUACUAGUAUCGUUCUCCAGACACUUCCUCCUUGGGACGAGGUUACUAUUUUUAUUUUUUUGUAUGCUAUUGUCACAUCUUCUUUCGUAAUCAAUGUGUUGUAAAUACCUAUGCUUCCAUCCGCGUCACGCCGAGCUAGCCGUUAUGGAGCGGUAGCGGAGGGAGGGAGGGACGCGCAGCGAGCAGUAGGUGCACUCUUUCAUUGCCUCCAUUCAAAUGACCCACUUUACACAUACUUCUUCUGUUCUUUGCCUUUGUUUUGCAUAUUUACAUGUUUUAUUAGGCUAUGUUUUUUAUUAUAAGGACAUUGUUGGAUGUAAUUAAAUAUUUUUUCACUUACA